AUGCUCUUCACAGGUGAUGCUAAGAAGGGUGCCAACCUCUUCAAGACGCGAUGCGCUCAGUGCCACACUGUCGUUGAGUCCGAGGGCAACAAGAUUGGCCCGAACCUGCACGGCCUUUUCGGCCGCAAGACCGGCUCUGUUGAGGGAUUCUCUUAUACGGAUGCCAACAAGCAGAAGGGGAUUACCUGGGAUGAGAACACUCUGUUCGAGUACCUCGAGAACCCCAAGAAGUACAUCCCCGGCACCAAGAUGGCUUUCGGUGGCUUGAAGAAGGGCAAGGACCGGAACGAUCUGAUCACCUGGCUCCAACAGGAGACCAAAUAA